UCGAGCAAACAUCACUUCUUCGCACUUCCUCGCAAAGUUAUUCAACUUCAGCUUUAUUCGUCAUCAAUAUUAUCUUAACUCAAGUCCAAGAAUGCCUACCGCUGUUGUUACGGUCCGCUGGCUUCAACCACCCCGCUACCGCGGCAUGGAAGAGACGGUCUCUCGUAGUCGAGUUCGACAACGAGGUCAUCUCAGUGUUGGCGAAGAGGUUCGAGUUCGCUACAAACGCAGUUACUACAAGGCAGAGAUCAUUGAUAAUGGUGAAGUUCCUUCCAGCGACCUCACCAACCAAACUGGCAGACCUGCUUCUCCUCCCGCCUCUCCUCUUCGUCUGCAAGACCCGGUGGUGUUAUCGUCCCCGGACAGCCCUCCUAGACCCAUCGCAACAGGGGCCCCACCCCAGCUGCUGUACUUCGAUCCUUUCGCAUCAACGCCCGUUGUGCCACCCACCCUGCCACGUCACCACAUCGAUGUCGAUGAGUCUGCUCUAGACGGUACCUUGGUCUUCGAUCCUGUACCUCAGUUCCAGCUUCCACGAGACUCGCUACUUGACUCCGCUGAGGUCCCGUUUCCAGAGCAGUCGCCAUGGGAACUGACCACGCCUGCUUUCGAGUACUCCAUCACAGACUCUGUACCUGGGGCUGAGCUCGAUGCUGAUGUCGUCGACAGCGACGUUGAUUCCUACGACAGCGAUAUGGACUCUUACUACUCUGAUGACUCUGUGGAUGUGCCCAACUUCAUUCCCAACCAGGAGUCGGAUGAUGUCGUCCGGGAGCAUGCCCAGCGGAUGAUCGAUAACCACAUCAGACUACGUUCUUCGACCACUGACCCGACCUCAUCUGUCAACUACCACGAGUGCAUCGAGGACGAACUCCUAGAGGGCAUCGUCCGAAGCGCUGAGGCGUCUCCCGACCACGAGGACUCCACCCUGUCGACGGUUCAACGGUUCCACAUCUUCCUCAGCCAGAACAUCAAGCGCAUCGAUGAGGAGCUGAUGCCUAGGGUGGCUUCGGUGACCACCUUCAUGCUGGAGGAUGAAGUGCCUUGUCUUCGGUGCAUCAUCAAUCUGACCAAGACUACCAGGAGGCUGGAGGCUCUUCGUGACAACUUGGCCAUCUUCUUGACUGUGGCUACGAGGACGAUGCACACCGCUACUGAAGAGUAAUGUGACCUUUCGAGAUAUGAACUUUCCAAUUC